AUGCGAUUAAGGUGCGGAUUUAUGGUGAUGCGGUUCAUAACUCAUGUUAACCAUCAGCCUGCUAUAAAGUCAUUAUUUCGAGAGUUGAUACGACAGCAACGGCGGAUUCCAUUACUAGAUGUGUCGAAGUUAGGUAUUGUUGAAUCUGGGACUCGUCAGUUUCAAAAUGAGUUCAAGUUGAUGAGCUGCAACCCUCAACAGUAUCUACGAUUGAUAUCAGAUGAGAUGAAGUAUAUAAUGAAACAAGAUGCAUGUACUCUGUUGGAGAAUGAAACAAUCUUCUUGGUUUGGUUCAAUAAGGCCUUAGAACUCAUCAAAGCCAUUGAAGAUAAAGAUUUAGAAGGUAUUAUAGAGACUUUAUUGUUUUAUAGAGAAAGAGAUGCAAUCGAUAGUAAUAAGAAAUAUCAACAUUAUAAGAGUAAAGGAAUCGAGGAAUUUACUGGAAAGAUUUCUAAAACUGUCACAUCAAAACUUCCUUUCCCCAUCAAAACCUAUCAAAAUCUGAAUAAUUCUGAAAGACUAAAACGAUUCAAAAAUGAUAUACUAGAAAGUAAAACUCAUAAAUUCAGAACUACCAGGAAGUAUUUAAAGCAUCUCCAACUACAUCAACAAAUAUGUAUUCCACAAAGAUUGCCCUUCACCAAAUCCAAAUUGCCUGAAACUAAUAUUACGGAAAAAAUUAUACAAUCCACCUCAUCCAAAGCGAUGAAUGAAGGAUACAAUUUCAAGAUUAUCGAAUCAAUUAUUGGUCCAGAAAUGGAACACAAGAUCAAUUAUCAUCAUUAUAUGGAUAAAAUUCAAAAGCAUCUUGAUAAAGGACCUUAUCAACCGAAAAUACGAUUCUCUAGUGCUGGUAUGAAAGUAGGGUUUAUCCAACUACCCACAUAUGACUUAUCUACUAUGAGGGAAAUUGCCAUUGAUAGUAAGAAAUCAGCUAAACUUUAUGGAAUCAUUGAUAUUUGGGAAAGUAGGGAAAGUGAACGGAAUGAAAAGAAAAACAAAGAUGGUAGUUUUGAUAUUGCAUGGAGUAAAAUGGGUGAUAAAAUGUAUUCUAAGGAACACCAUGAAAAAGUGCAUGAUUCUGAAGCCAUGUGGGAAUAUCUAUUGGAUAAACAAUUGGGUAAACAUCGUGAAUUACAAACAUAUAUUGAUGAUUGGAGACAACCACUUGAAAUGGCAAGUGAUCAAUUGAAAAAAGAACUCCAUGAAUUGACUUCAAAGUAUCGUCAAAAUUAUUUGAAAACACUUAAAGAUGAACAGAAGCAAUUAACAGAAGUGUUCAAUGAUAAAUAUCAAGUCAAAGUGGAUAAAUAUGACCAAUUAGUUCAUCUAUUAGCCCUCAAUAAAGUUACCAUACAUUCGGACUUAGUCAAUAAUGAUACUAACAAAGGGUCAACUGUAGAACAUCAAUUAGUUAGAGAUGAUCAUACUUUAAAACAUUCAAGAAAAGGCAUUCCCUUCGUUGAUAGGAUUAAUCAACCCAAAAGAUUAAGUGAUUAUUUAAAUGAUGUCAAACUUGAACAUUAUAAAAUAGGUAUGAGAUAUGAUAAGAAAUUCAAUGUAAAUAUGUAA